AUGUCGUCUUCCAUGCACCGGCCCCUGCCAGCCUCGUCGCGCUCGUCGCACACCACUCUGACGCCACCCACGCCACAGCACCAGGCAUUGUCGGCGUCACCGGCGCGCGCGCCGUGCGCUCGUCGUCGGCGCUCGGCGCGCCGAGAACGCCGUCGUCCGUUUGAAGCACGGACUGCAGCGCUCGAUCGACCCGCUCAAGUGCUCGUCGUGCCCAGCACCGCCCUCACGAUCUGCUGCCUCGUCGUAGGAGGACCUCUCACAUGCGUCGACGUCCAUCACCUCGUCGCUGCAGCGCCCGUCGCCUGGUUGUCAUGUCUCUCUUCCGUCUUCACCGUCCACAUCAGAGGCGCAAGCUCGGCCGACUGCGUCACCAGCACGCCCUGGCUCGCCUUUGACAACCUGCAUUCGAGGGAGCGCGCAAGUCGGACGCCUGGCUCCACAUUCAGCUACGUCGUCACUGUCUAA